UUGGCGCGAGCUGAAAUCAAAAUGGCGGCUACGUGCGUCUUAUAGUAGCGGAGAUUUUCAAGUCCUUUUUUCCGAUGAAUACUCGCUCUUCUUACCCAAUAUUAUAGCAACAACUGAUGGAUUAAGAAACUCAUUUGGAUUGAAUGGCCAAUUUAAAGAAUUAAAAGGGUAUUUAUUGUGGAUAAAGAUAGAGCAGAUCAUUCAAGUACAAAUUAUCCAGGACAUAUACACAAUCAUCUGCUGUCGUAAGAAACAUGGAUGCUAGGGAUACCGGGGAUGGGGCAGCAGUAGAGGAAGGCAAUGAUAGUAACCAUGGCGACUCAGAUGAUGAUCUGCUCACUCCGCCAUCCUUUCUAAAGGAGAAACGGCCAAAUGUUCAUGUCUUAACUCCACGAAAAGCCACAAGACCGGCUGAUGCUGAUGAGAUUGCAUCUCCUGAAAAAUCAAUAAAGCAGGAAAAAGAAGUCAAACACAGACUGGCUUUAUCAGAUAUGCUAAAAUCUCAACGGAGACAUCAAAAGAAGAACCAGGAGCUGGUUGAGAUGGAGCAGUACCUAGAGAACAAGCCAAAAGAAGCCAGUCAGAGUGAUAUGGAGGACUCUGAACUCACUGAUGAUGGGAGGGACCUGAGCCAAUGUAACCUACCUCCUGAGCUUAAGACAUACCUUCGACAAGUUAGUGACUUUUCUGAAGGCAUCCGUGGAGAGGAAAUAUUUCCACAUGGCCCUGCUCCUCUGGUGGACACAUUUCCAUGCUUACCUCCUAUCUCAGGCGAGGGGGACCAGUUUUUACGGAUGGUUAAGGAGUGCAGUAGCCAGGAAGAGAUGCGUGAGCUAGUGUGUGGAGGCUGGCUUCUCCAGUUCUAUCUCAAGCAGCCUUGCCCUGACCUCUUGGCUGAGUGGGUGUUCAAAAUCAUGUGCACUCAUCUGGAUCCCCAUGUCACAUCUACUUGCUACCAAGUUCUGUGGUCACUGUUGGUUGCUGGUACAACGACAAAGAAUGGAAUACCACGCGGCAUCCGUGGCACAAGCUGGGCUCCAGGUGUUAAGCACCUCGUUCAAGUCUUAUUGACAUUUGGAGCCACUACAGAGACUUUGAAGGCUGACAGCCUUCCAAUACCAAUAGAACCUUCUCAUUCUAUCUCACCUAAAUGUGAAGAAAUUCCCCCUCUGCCUGUACCCGUAAUAGCCCAUGUUGUGCAGUUACUCACACAUGGGCUGCAGAAAACUCACCUGAGGUACACCAUAGACAACUUACACCAGAUCAUGGUCACCCUGUGCUGCUUGUCACUCGAUCUACGGCUGCAGUCAAUAAUGUUUGAUAUAGAGAUGUGUAUUCUAGCUCUGUUGGACUGUUUUGGAGAGUCCCAGUGGCAAGAACAGGUGCAAUUACUUGUGAAGCAUCUAGAGCAGCUAAGUACACAUCCUACAAACUUGCUGCAUAUCGUACAUCUUCUACCACACACCCCAAGAGGUAUAGAGCUAAGAUGCAUCUUCAGUCUUGCUCUCAUCAGACGUUUUGUCAACCAGUUCAAUGAGGUUCCUUAUAAUUGUGAUACCAAGGAGGGGAAUGAUGUCUGUGUGACUUUGGAAAAGGUUGUGGCACUGGUGGAUGCCCUUAGGCCAGAUGAGGACUCUGACUACCAUCUCCUCUAUGUCAUCAUUGCACUAGUGGACCUAUCUCUUGGCAGUGACAGUAUACCAGCCUCAGAAGGGGCCAGUUUAAUGAAGUUAUCCACUAGUCUUCAAUCCCUCAACACCAAUAUCAAGGACCCCAGAGCCGCGUUCCUAAAUCGCACCAAGAUCAAAGAUCUACUUGUGAGGACGAUAACGAAGGUGACGUUCCUACAGCAGCAGAUCGCACAGCCUCGACAGCUCACCCUUACGAAGUAUUUCGAGACAGACAGCUCUGACUAUGUGGUUGAGCUGCUUCAGGACGGGUCAGCCGCGAACAGCAAGGGCUCAGACACACCCAGCCCCGCGAGUAGCGGCGGCCAGCUGAGCGAUGACGAAGAAAUGCAGCACCAUAACUAGAGUACGCCUCAAUAACAAAGUCUACAGAGUCUACUCAGUAAACUCAAGGAUAAUGUGCAGGCUAUGGACCAAAUUGGUACAGUGCAGAACUAGGAGGAGUCAUACACUGAGUGGAAAUGCGUGAUCUGCUAGUGCACCAAGUCAGAGAACAAGAAUACAAUGUACUCUGACCAUAUGGCGUUACAAUUUAUAACUACGAGGAGUCAUACACUGAGUGGAAAUGCAUGAUCUGCUAGUGCACCAAGUCAAAGAGUAAGGAUACAGUGGACUCUGACCAUAUGGCGUGGAAAUUUAUGGCCUGCCAGUGAGAGUAUUACACCAUGCGGUGUUUGGUAUGCAUCAGACUUGCUAAAAACAACGCAAAACUUCGGGGAAACUAUGGUGUGUAAUUGCUAUAAAGCCCCCGACGUCGGGCUGCAUUGCUAGCAUAGAGCGUACUCGGAGAGCAUAACAAGAAACAAAACAUUUAUUGUACAUUUGUUAAAAUUAAAAUCUAGUUCAAAUAAGAUACAGACAUUUUAAAA